AUGCGAUUUUGUGCUAAUCUAUCAACAUUAUGCAAUGACAUACCAAAACUUACGGAACGAUAUAUUCAUAUUGUUCAACGAAAAGAUUAUCAAUUUGAUGCUAUUGAAUGUCAAAAUCCAUAUGAUGUGUCUGUCGAUGAUUGGAAAGAGAUAAUGUCGAAGAAUAAAACAUUAAAAUGGAUAUUGAUUAAUAGUUUACCACUUUACGAUCAAACUAACGGGAUACCUUCGUUUAAUGAUUAUCAACAAAUUGUUCUUGCUCGAACACUUGCCUAUGCAAAGGCAUUCAAUGUCAAUAAAGUUCAUUUAGUUAUGACUGAUAUUGAAAAUGAGUCGGAACGAUCCAAGAUUAUUGAUCUUGUGUAUCAAGCUGCUACAUUCUUUCAACCACAUCAUAUAAUGUGUCUCAUCGAACCAAUUUCAACACGAUUAAAUUAUUAUUUACGAUCAUAUUCUACAGCAAUCGAUAUUGUUAAAUCAUCAAAAGCUGAUAAUUUAAAAGUGAUGCUCGAUUCAUUUCAUUUACAACGGUUACAUGGAAAUUUAACUGAACGUGUUCAAGAAAUGAUACCCUUUGUUGGUCAUGUUCAAAUUUCACAAACACCUAAACGAAACUGUCCAAUGAGUGACGAUGGAGAAGUUAAUCAUCGAUAUUUUAUUUCAAAGCUUGUAGAACCAUUUUAUCAAGAUUUUAUCGGACUUGAAUAUAAUGAUUCAAGUAAUGCAUCAUUUGAAUGGCUCAAUGAAUUUUCGACAACGAAUUAA